AUGGCUACGUGUCAUUCUUUAACUCGAAUAGAUGGAGUUCUGUCGGGCGACCCACUGGAUGUCAAAAUGUUUCAGUCCACUAAAUGGGAAUUCCUAGAAGUUGUUUCCGAAGAUCAACAUAAAUUUGAUCAAGUGGUAUCUGCAAUCGUUCGCCCCAAAGAUUCAGGCGGUGAUUUGUUUGAAGAAAUACCUUAUGAAAUUGGCAUUGUUCGUCAGUUUCCUUUCAGCUCCUCCCUACAACGGAUGUCCGUAAUAACACGCACAUUGAAUGAAUCCCAGUUCCAUGUAUAUACAAAGGGUGCACCAGAGACGAUUGAAGUUCUGUGCAGACGUGAUACAAUUCCUACGAAUUUCCAUUCAAACUUGUUGGAGUAUACUCGGGAAGGAUUUCGCGUCCUGGCUUUGGCUUGGAGACCAAUAAAGUCAUCGUACUUGCGCAUUUUACGUUUAUCGCGAGACCGAGUUGAACAUAAUCUUUUGUUUCUUGGAUUACUGGUGAUGGAAAAUCGCCUUAAACCGGAGUCUGGCCCAGUGAUUAAGAUAUUACGACAAGCGAAUAUACGACCAGUUAUGGUGACAGGUGAUCAUAUGCUUACCUCCCUUUCUGUGGCUCGAGACUGCGAGAUGAUCGAUGAACUCGAUAGAGUUGUAAUCGUAACAGCUCGACCCCCUCCACUUUCUUUUCCAUCCAGUGAUUUUCCUUCUGAAGAUCCCAAUGAGAAUAAACCAAUACCUAUAGUAAAUGAUAGUCUACCAUUUGCAGCCAAUUUCAGUAUCAUUAAGGAUACUGCAAAUACAGGAAACAACAAUAAUUUCCCAGAUGAACUAAUUAAUUCCUUAGUACAGUUUCACUAUGCUGAAGACCUUCACAAACCGGUGACGGAAGUUGCAACCACUAACGUACAACUGAAGCAUGAUUCAAAUAAAGGUGACCACAAAGUGACAACAAAACUUUCAUUCGUUGAACGGAUCAAAGGACGGAUGUCUUUCAGUCGUACGCAGAACUCGAAAGAUUUUAUUGGACCAUCAACGGUUGAUGAGUGUGUAAAGUACAAUUUCGGCUCUGAAGAUUUGGGUAGUCAUGUAGACGUUGAGAAAUGUUUAAAUAAAAAAGUGCAUAAACCUUUGGAUAUAUCAGAAAACUUAAAACACAAAAGCUCUACUGAGAAUCGAUAUGCGCUUUCCAUACGCAUGAUUGAUAGACCAGAUUUCCAUCUAGCUAUUUCUGGCAAAACUUGGUCUGUUAUUCAAGAGCAUUAUCCGUGGCUAAUACCUAAGUUGGUUGUCAAAGGAACAGUAUUCGCUCGCUUCUCUCCAGAACAGAAAGCUCAAGUAAUUGAAGCUCUUCAGUCGGUUGGUUACUUCGUUUCUAUGUGUGGAGACGGUGCAAACGAUUGCGGGGCUCUGAAGGCUGCUCACGCUGGAAUUUCUUUGAGUGAGGCUGAAGCAAGCAUUGCAAGUCCCUUUACCUCAAAGAAACAGAAUAUAAGCUGUGUACCGAUGCUCAUCAGAGAGGGACGUUGUGCGCUUGUGACAAGCUUUGGGACGUUCAAAUUUAUGGCUGGCUACUCGUUAAUUCAAUCAUUUUCCACCGUGAUACUAUUUGUCAUCGGAAGUAAUUUAUCUCAAUGGGAAUUUCUUUAUUGUGAUUUCGUUAUCAUAACAUCUUUGAGCUUAACAUUUGGUUAUACACAUGCUUAUCCACGUCUUUCUGCCGAACCACCUACAAUGAGGCUGUUUAGUAUGGUUACAAUGAGUUCGUUAUUCGGUCAAGUGUUAAUUGGAUUCAUUAUUCAGUGUGCUGCAUUUCUCCUGAUCCGCUUCCAAUCCUGGUACAUGCCAUUAUUUCGUACUCUGGCGAUGCUGAAUACCAAAAUUAUGAAAACACAGCAAUAUUUAUCGUGCACCUUAUCGCAAUCAAUCCUAUCAAACUACAUAUUUGUGUUAAAUAUUGCCGUUUGCUUGGCAUUCAACCUUUAUUUGACAACGUAUCCAAUCACACAGAUUCUUGGGCUUCUGCAGCUAAUUCGGAUCCCUUCUGUUUGGUUUAUAUGUAUUUUGCAUGCUAUGGUUCUGGCAAAUUUUAUGGCUAGCAAUAUCGUUGAAUCCAUCUUUGAUGGAGUGUCUUUCCGUCGUCGUAUUCGGCGUAUUCGUCGAGCAUUAUUUCCAAGACGAGUGGAACGCAAAGCGUAUGAGCGUAUUCGAGAGGAGAUCGAUAGAUCAGCUGGUGUUUGGCCACCACUUUUAAGAUCCGCCAGUCUCCAAGCAUUACCACGGGAUUUGUUUACUGAUGAUGAUAUAGGCUUACCUACCCGUCCCAGAAGUAGGAGACUUUCUUCCGCUGUAUCCAAUGACACAGAUAUUGAAGUUGCUUCUGUUCGCAGCGAAAUAACAGAUCGAAGACCACUCCCUUUUAGCAGCACAGAAGGGGAUAUUGGUUUAAACAUGGGAGUUGGAAAAUCAUUUUCCAAUCUAGUGAGCAUCAAUGAAAAUCAGAACUCGUGCUUUCAUCUCAAUGGACCAAUAAAAGGACGUAGUCUUUCACUAGAGUGUUCUAGUGUGAAUAGUUACCUGUUGACAACCAGUGAGCAUUGA